GAGUAAGACUGGCCCUCGAAUAUCAGGGAGGACCCGUUCGGUUUUAAAGUUUUGUUCAUAACGCGAGCUGCACACAUUUCAAGCCUCGCCAACGGGACUUUCGGAUAGUUGGUACGCCUUCGGCCCAUAAGCACCGCCGUUUCGUAUAAUUAAGAGUGUGCUUAUUCGCUCCCAGACUCUAUAUAGUGCUUAAGGCUCAGGAUACAUCAUCCCCAGUCCCACGCGUAUCGACUUUUGCAUCUUUCAUAGUCCCUUCGGCUGCCUUUCCGACGCCAUCACCAUGUCUCCUUCAGUCGUCCUCGGUGCGACUAGGUACCCCGUCGUCAAACUACCUCAUCCUUUUCUUAGCAUCUAUAAAGUACAAGGCACUCCAUCAAAGCUGUCUUUGACUCUUCAUGAACAGCCGGAAAACUCGACACCUUUGCAAGAGGCGCUUCACUCGGAUGACUUGACUUUCCAGGAUCCCACCUAUUCCAACAAGCAGAGUUUACCUCCCCUCAACGACAAUACUCCAUGGGCAAGGGCUCGCCGCAGCCCCGCGACGCAGUUCACCUGGAAUAGCACAGCACCAUCACUAGCUCAAGUCUGGAACGUUGUUCACGCCAUCUUUCUCGCAUAUCCUACAUUCGAACAGUUUCGAGUUUCUCUGGUCGGCCGGGAUGCAUCAACACUUACAACAGAAUUGCUAGCAACUGGCUUGGCUGCCGUCCACCCUGCACCAACACCUCAGGCUCAGGCCGGCAAGAGCACCAUUCUCCCAUACGACGAUACCGAACUUGUUAUUCUUCGUGGCGCCUUUUGGCAGGGUGCCGCCUCACCGGCUGGACCAAGGCCAAUUUGGGCGGUCGGUAGCGGAACAAGCGGCCCUAUGCGGGUGCCAUUGACACAAUACCCUCCAAUGCCAGAGAGAUAUCAGCUUACAAACAGAUUCCCACAAGAAGCUGUCUACACACGCCACCCCAGUCGUCGCCCAAAGCCACAUGUCGGUUCCAUUGUAUACAGUCGCUAUAUUCCCGAAGUUGACCAGCAUUUCUCCCUACAAGUCGUUGACUGGUCGAGCGAUAUCGACGUCCAGCUGUUUAAUAAAUGGCAAAAUGACCCUCGAGUAGCUGCAGGGUGGAAUGAGACGGGCACUUUUGACCAACACCGAGAAUAUCUACGCAAGCUGCAUUUUGAUCCUCACGUGCUAUGUCUCUUUGGCCGAUUUGACGAUACACGCUUCUCGUAUUACGAGCUUUAUUGGUCCAAGGAGGAUCAUUACGGCGCACACUACGCUGCCCACGACUAUGACCGCGGAAGACACUCCCUCGUGGGUGAUGCGUCUUUCCGUGGCGCCCACCGUGUCAAUGCGUGGUACUCGAGCUGCAUCCACUACUGCUUCCUCGAUGACGUGCGGACAGUCAACGUGGUUGGCGAACCGAAAGCCUCUGGAGCUACUAUCUUGUCGUAUGAGAACGCACAGGGUCUUACAAUUGGACAAUAUGUGGACCUUGGUCACAAAAGAUCAGUCCACUCUGUCUGCAGCAGAGAGAAGUGGUUCCAGCUGAGCCCGCUCUUCUGGGAUGGAAGGGAGAAGCCUCUCGAGAGUGCCGACCGCGCAGCGUGGAAUGCAAGGCUGUGAUUGUCAUGCAUCAUCUCUUCUUAUUUAAUUAGUCGCAAGCUUUAAUAUAAGAUGAAAUGCAGCCG